GAUCAGACAUUUUUGGUUAAUGUGUUUGGCUCCUGUGACAAGUGCUUCAAACAAAGAGCUCUGAGACCUGUCUUCAAGAAAUCGCAGCAACUCAGCUACUGUUCAACAUGUGCAGAAAUCAUGGCAACCGACGGGCUGCACGAGAACGAGACGCUGGCGUCGCUCAAGAUCGAGGCCGAGAGCCUCAAGGGCAAACUGGAGGAGGAGCGGGCCAAACUGCACGACGUGGAGCUGCACCAGGUGGCUGAGCGCGUGGAGGCCCUGGGCCAGUUUGUCAUGAAGACGAGAAGAACCCUCAAAGGCCAUGGGAACAAGGUCCUGUGCAUGGACUGGUGUAAGGACAAGAGGAGGAUCGUGAGCUCAUCCCAGGAUGGAAAGGUGAUCGUGUGGGAUUCCUUCACCACCAACAAGGAGCAUGCGGUCACGAUGCCCUGCACGUGGGUGAUGGCGUGUGCCUACGCCCCGUCUGGAUGUGCCAUUGCUUGUGGCGGUUUGGAUAAUAAGUGUUCUGUGUACCCACUGACGUUUGACAAAAAUGAGAACAUGGCCGCCAAGAAGAAGUCUGUUGCCAUGCACACCAACUACCUGUCGGCCUGCAGCUUUACCAACUCCGACAUGCAGAUACUGACAGCGAGUGGCGAUGGGACGUGCGCUCUGUGGGACGUGGAGAGUGGGCAGCUGCUGCAGAGCUUCCACGGCCACGGGGCUGACGUGUUGUGCCUGGACCUGGCCCCCUCGGAGACAGGGAACACCUUCGUGUCUGGGGGAUGUGACAAGAAAGCCAUGGUGUGGGACAUGCGCUCCGGCCAAUGUGUGCAGGCCUUCGAAACCCAUGAAUCUGACAUCAACAGUGUCCGGUACUACCCAAGUGGAGAUGCUUUUGCUUCCGGGUCAGAUGAUGCUACUUGUCGUCUGUAUGACCUCCGGGCUGACAGGGAGGUGGCCAUCUACUCCAAAGAGAGCAUCAUAUUUGGCGCCUCCAGUGUGGACUUCUCCCUUAGCGGCCGCCUGCUGUUUGCUGGAUACAACGACUACACCAUCAACGUCUGGGAUGUGCUGAAGGGCUCCCGGGUCUCCAUCCUGUUCGGACACGAGAACCGCGUCAGUACCCUGCGGGUGUCCCCCGACGGCACCGCGUUCUGCUCGGGAUCCUGGGACCACACCCUGCGCGUCUGGGCUUAAUCCUCGUCCCAUGACGCAGUCCUACGCACCUGAGGAUAGGCCGUGAGCUCUUCCCUGACAAAUCCCGAAUCCGCCUCCCUGCCAGCAGGGCUGAGGGCUUGUUGCCACGUAGCUUAAGGGAGCAAAGUUCAGUAGGCGUCCCCAGCGUUAUCACUUCCAGCCCUGGAGCACACCCGCCAGAACCUGCCAGUGUAGUGUGUUUUGAUUGCUGAGCACUUUCUGAUGCUUGUCUGUUUUUAAGGUCAGCCUAAAUUGUCCUGGCGUCAGCUCAGGAUCUUAAGCAGUAGAGUGCACCGUGUUCCCUGGAGCCCCGGUCAUUUGCAGAGCACUUCCACAACCUGGCUGUUCCCGUGUCUUCACCUUCUCCCCCAAGUGCUGAGUUGGAGAACUGCACAAGACGGGCUGUGUGGAUUCAUCUACAACGGGAGAAAAUGUCAAACCAGAUGUUAUUAGACAGAAGAUAACUUUUAAAAAAAAAGGUGUUUUUGUUAUGAAAUGUCUUUCUGGGCCUCGCGUUGUCUUUUUUGAGAUGAGACAUUUUCAGCCCCGUGAAUUUAUAAAUGAAGCAGAAGUGUGGGAAAAACGGACACGGGUGUCUGACCCACGACACGUGUGCUGCUAUGACUCAUCACUGGGACGCGGUCUGGACUUCUCUCGGAGGGCACAGUGGUGACACAAACAAGGACUUUCUGAGUGGGAGCACGAAAAGUAGAUGUAUUGGACACAUCUCGGUCCACAUGAAUCUGAUCCUGUAAGUUACAUUUGUGUGUGUAGCACUGCCUUUGGAAUUUGAUGGAUAAGUAUUGAGUGAUAGUAAUAAUAACCCUUGUUCUUCUCACUGAGUCAAACA